ACUUCACAUUACCAGGUAGCUAGGUACCUACGUAAACUUAUCAACUUACAUUUCAUAGCUCUCUUUUUCAGCCUCGUGAAGUAGGCUGAGGGGCAUAGUUAGUUGUUCGAAUUUGCUUGUCGCUAAACAAGUCGCACACUAAGUAGUAUUUCCGAAUAAGCUUCAUAUUCGACCUAAGGAGUUACCACCAGGACCACAAACAUGGCUGCUCAACAGCCACGGGCAGGCCUAUCCUUAUACGCCAACCUUCUCGAGCCCGAAGGCGACUCAUCCGCUUCCAUAUCCCGAGGUCCGGUAGUAUCACAAGAAGCGCUCGAUGCAGUGAAAGAGCAAGAAGCUUCUAAGAAGGCCAUUGACCCUGCUCUUCGCUUUCAGCCACAUCCACAGAUUCGCCGCCCCCAGCCGAAAAUCCAGAGGCCUAAAGCCAGCUUCCCAAAAGCGCCCCCUCUUCCCAAUGCCUCCAAUGUCGCUGGCGCUGGCCCAGCUCCGGCUCCAGCGAAGAGUAGGCUAGCCGACUGGGUACCUACUGAAGAAGACGAGUAUAUGUAUGCGACGAUCGAGAAGAGAGCACGAGGUGGACGCAAGAAGAAAAAGAAGAAGGCUGAGGAUGUGCCCAUUGAGACGGACUGGGAUGAGAUAUAUGACCCUUCGAGACCUACAAAUGUAGACGAGUACCUACGAAGCGAGGAGCGGGUACGUGAGGUACGAGAAUGGAAGGAUCUACUCUACAAACAUAAACGGCGCGACGACGACGAUGAUGAUGAAAGACGUGGUAGCUGGGAUAGCGAGGAGGAAGACUUAGCGCCAAUGCAAAAUCAAUUCGCGCCGCCAGAUUCCUACUCUUUCGCACCACCGCCGCCCUCACCCCCGCGAGCUUCAUUGCCAGACGACAAGACCGGCGACGAUGCCUAUGCGCGCCGUUUGGCCAUGUCUCGAGGCAACAUACCUCCACCCCCGCGCUCGCCAACACCACCGCCGCCUCCACCAUCAGCUCCUCCCGAACCAGAGAUCGCAACGAUAUCCCGCGCGCCAGUGCGUUACACACAACCGGAGCCACCUGCGCCGCCUGACCCAGACGCCAUGGACGAAGACGAGGAUGAAUACGUCCCCCCUGAGCCCAGCUCCGAAGAAGCUCCUGAACAGCGUGGCGGUCGAUCUCGUGAGAAAGGCUUUGCCGCACGUCUCAUGGCUAAAUACGGAUGGUCUAAGGGCCAGGGUCUAGGUGCUGAGUCCAGCGGUAUCCUACAACCGCUGCGCGUCGAGGUAGAGAAGCGGAAGAAGAAGUCAGACGCAGAAGGUGGCGGAUGGGCCGGCCCUGGCGGACGCGGGCGUAUCAUCGGCUCCAAAACUGGCGCAGCAUCCCAACCCGAGAGCAGCAUCGGUUCCAUGAGUAACGUCGUUGUUCUGCGGAAUAUGUUGGAGGGUAUGGAAGAUCUCCAGGCCGAAAUAGAGUCCGGGUUAGGACAAGAAAUCGGCGAGGAGUGCGGUGACAAGUACGGACGCGUCGAGAGGCUGUACAUUGAUAUCGAGGGCCGGCGGGUAUAUAUCAAGUUCACUGACCAAGUCUCCGCCUUAAGGGCAGUAAAUGCUUUAGACGGCCGCAUAUUCGCCGGCAACACCAUCCAGCCUCAGUUCUACGACGUGGACAAAUUCGAACAGAGGAUCUACGAGUAAUUAGAUUUAGAUUAUGAAAUAUCGUAAUAGAGUGUCCCAGACGGUGAAGGGGAGCUCUAGGACCCGUAUUGGCUACCUAUUAGAUAGCUACCCGUAAUAGUAUCCAAGUAAUAGUAUCUAAAGGAUAAAAGCUUGACGCUACAUAUGUAAAUCUGACUUAUAUUGCUCUUCGUAAGAGUCAUACUCGAAAUUGAAUCAUAGGUGUAGAAUGUUUAAC